AGCCUCUUUCGCUUCCUCAUCGCGGGCGAGACGAAACACACUCACUCUCCUCACUGCUCCGCAUCACACGUAGACGCGUCCACUAGUAACAAGAAUCCGUUUGAAUCACACCGAUCGUCAUGGCAGAGGAAUAUUUAUACGGAAUCACCCUCGAAGGCCCCAACGCCUCCGAAGUAUGGGACCCAGAGCACAGAGCAGAGGACCCCGACGGCACCAGUCAGCACUUUGGUGGGGAUCAGAAACUCAUUAUCAAAAUGGCACUCUUAGGCCCGGAGGCUAAAGCUGGUGAACUGAAUGUUCUCGAAGUGGAGGCGACAGGACUCAAAGGACCUAUUAAAAUCCCAAUUGCUUUACUUGAAAUGGGAAAGACCUCACAGAUAAUUCUCGAUUUAAGUUUUCCGGACCCACCAGUUACGUUCACGUUGGUUAAGGGUAGUGGACCUGUUCACAUAGUCGGACACAAUCUUCUUGGCUCGCACAUUGAAGAAUUCGAAGAUAUGGAAGAUAUGGAAGAUGAAAUGGAGGAAGAAAACAUUGACGAUGAAGAUGACGAGAAGGACCCAGAGGAAGAUGACGAAGACGACGAACCUAAGAAGAAGAAUGCCAAAAUGUCAUCUGCGGCUAAAAACAAAAGUCAGGCUAGCAAGAACAAGAAAAAAUAAACUUGAACUCUUAAGACUACACAAAACGAAAACACUCAUAGGUUAGGCGUUUUACAAUAAGUUCGUAAACACUAUCAUCUGCGUUUCAGCGAAUAUCGUAUUAUCAGGCAGACGUUGCCCGAGAUUUUUGAAAUCAACUUUGGCAAAUGUUUCCACCCAAUCAAGUUUUAAUUACACCAUGAUGAUCAAUAAUUGGAAAUAUUUGGCGCAAGAUCAGAUUAUUAUCGACAUUUUUGACCUGUUUUUUGAAAGCCUCCGACCGAAAGUUUUUUAAAGCCUGCUCUCGAGAGUGUAAUUAUUGUACAAGCGAAUUUUCACCAAACGACAGUGGUGGCUGUUUAUACAGGUACUCGAACAUUGUAAAAUCGACAUUUUAUGAUUGAGCUACAGACAUAUACGUGUGAUGUACUUAAGUGUAAUUAAACUAAGUUUGGACAAAGUUUCUGUACUCUUUCAGUAUUUAAUACAGUAAUACUGCCGACUUGAAAUCAUCAAACCAGACACGGUUGUUCUUUUUUUUUUCUUUACAAUGUUUGCUAUUUAUUUUCUGUUGUUGUUUCCCCAUUAGUCCUUUAUCACUCGUAAAGGUUUUUUUAAAAUUAAUUUAUUUGUUUUCGAAAAAAUUAUGGAAUGCGUAUUGAACCGCCCACGUAUAUUUUAUAACUUACUUUUUGAAUGUGGAUUGUUGCAUUUAGUUUUCUCCAAAAUGGUCUUCAUGUCGAUACUUCCACUGGCACGAAAAUAGGAUAUAUUAUCUAGCCACAUCAUAAGAAGAAUAUUAAUUCGCAAGUCAUUGAUGAAAAUAGGAGAUAAUUAUUUUGCGAGAAAUUUCGGUUUGAAUCAGUGUAGUAUUUUUUUAAUUAUGCUGCAUUGCAUGUGAGUGAGAAAAGAGGAGGCACAACAAGUAGUGUGUCUUCCAAUGGUGUUACCAAAAAUCCACGUAGAUUUAAUACAAGUGAGAAAAAGAAAUGAUUGUGUUUGUUUAUCUCUACAUUCAUUCCACUUCGAUGAAAAAUACUUUAAAAAAUUGCAGCUAAUUUUGUAGUGCGGCAUUCUGCCUCACUUUCCAAUCACAUUUGGAAUUUAAUCAAAGCGUGUCGAUGCGAUUGAUUGUAGUCUGUACACCAAUUUUGUACAUAUACUAUACAAUAAAUUUCACAUAAAUUUUAA